UCAAAUUUGCUCGGCGCAGGUCUCUGGCGGGAAGUUGAUCGAAAUUGUGAAAAAAUUUUCUUUUUUCCGGUUAAGUGUAGUAAAAAAGUGUUUUUUAAUGUAAAAAAGUGCUAUUAAAGUAAACAACUACAACGUUAUUAGGACAUUAUUAAAACAAAUCCAACAGAACUUUAGUAAAAAACUCAAGUGACGCGUUGUACUGGUAUAAAAUAAUAUAAUUAAGGAAAAAAGUGUGUUAGUUUCUCAUAAACACUGUUAAAUCAAUAAAUUGCAAAGUGUUUGUUACAAAAUCUUCUUCAAAAGUUGAAUACAAAUUAUAGCUGCGAAAGUGUAAUAAUUUGCGCCAGCAUUGGCAUGCAAGGCAGGCAUUUAACACGCAAACGAAAGACAGCCAGCCAUUAAGUCAAUAACAAUAACAACAACAUUGGUAUCUCACAUAACGGCACUUACAGCAGGACUUUUCUUGUUUCGUUGGCUUUUUAUUAAAAAUGGCUGAAUUUUUAGAAAAUUUAUCUGCCGGAGCCAAAGCUUUGGCUGAAAAAGCUAAAAUCAAAAAUGCCGAACAGGCCAUUUUAACACCUAUGGCACAUUUAUUGCUGCAAGAAAGCUCGCCACAUGAUAUUUACGUUUUGAAAUCCUCUGCCGCAAAAAUGGUGGCAAAAGAACGUAUAAAGGUUUCAGAUCUUUUAACACUACCCUACAGCAUGAAAUGGUCUCGUUUAAGUUUUUGCUGUGCGGCCUUAGAUAAAUGUACCCGUGGUGGUAUUGUUACUCGUGGCAUUACAGAAUUUUGUGGCAUUUCUGGUGCCGGUAAAACUCAGCUUCUUUUACAAUUAUCCUUAACGGUACAACUGCCUCAAGAACUGGGUGGUUUAGCUAGUGGUGUUGCUUUCAUUUGCACUGAGAGUUCUUUUCCCUCGAAACGUUUAUUUGAAAUGUCUAAAACUUUUGCUCAACGCUAUCCUAAGUUAGAUAUUAACUAUUUGGCCAAUGUUCAUGUGGAACAUGUUUUGCAAAGCGAACAACUUUUAAAAUGUGUUUCCGAACGUUUGCCACCACUGAUGUCGUCGCUACGUAUUGGUCUAAUUAUUAUUGACUCGGUGGCUGCUGUCUUUCGUACUUAUACAAAUUAUAUUGAGCGUGCUAAAGAUAUGCGUAAAUUGGCAAAUUAUUUACUACAUUUAGCUGAUAAAUACAAUUGUGCUGUCAUUUGUGUUAAUCAGGUAGCCACGAUCAGUGAUAAACAGCCUGAAGUACCAUGUUUGGGUCUAUCCUGGGCCCAUUUAGGUCGUACUCGUAUGCGUAUCACUAAAAUACCCAAACAAAUACAAUACAAUGAUAAACUUUUAACGGUACGUAAAUUAGAAAUUCUAUAUUCUCCCGAAACACCCAUAGAAUAUGCAGAAUUUCUAAUAACCGAACAAGGUGUCAUAGAUGUACCGUGCCUUAAAUAAAUACAACUUAUUUUCUUUUUUUUUCAAUUGAAUUUUGGCAUAUAUUUUAUGACUGUUUUGUUGUUAAUUAAUAUUUAAAGCUAAACAUAAGUUUUGUACAUUUAAUAAGUUAUUAUACAUAUACAUAUAUGGUUUCUUUCCUUUUUUGCUUUUUAAAUAUACAUAAAGUUUAGGUUUUUA